AUGAGAACCGAUCAUCAAUCAAAUGGACUACAACAUCAAUCAAAUUCAAUUUUCCAUUUUAUACUUGAUCGUUUAUUACAAAUAAAAAUUAAUCUAUUUUUAAUUGAUCCAUAUGUACUUAAUUAUCUUUUUAUUGAUGAAUUACCAUUUGAUAAAUUAGAAAAACAAUUAAUUACUUUUGCUAUUAUUGAUGACUCAGUUGAAAGAUUUUUUCGAUAUUUUCAAGAAAGAAAUUUUUCAAUAAAACUAUCAGAAACUAUUUUAUCAAAUCAAAAAACAUCAAUUGAUCAUAUAUUUAUCGAAUAUAAAAACAAAAUAAUUCAUUUAGCUGUUUUACAUAAAUAUAAAUCAUUUUAUCUCAUACAAAAAAAUAUUCUUCCAUUAUCUGAAAAUAUUCAACUAUCGUAUGGUGAUACACUUCGUGCUGUUGAACCAAUUGAAAUUAAUGUACAUGAAUAUUCAUUUUUUUAUCCUCGAAAUGUUUCACAUUUUUUAUGGCUAUAUCAAACAUCAAAAUUUCUUCAUUGUAAUAGAAUAUUAGCAGAUGAAAUGGAAAAUCAAUUUAAUUUACAUCAAAAUGCUAGUCAAUUAAACUUAACUGUUACACCUAUGAAACAUAUCGCUUUUGCAUUAAAUAAACUUGAAAAACAUUAUUGGCUUGCUGGUGGAACUUUACUGGGUUGGUAUCGUCAUUGUGGUUUAAUACCAUUUACACAAGAUGCAGAUUUCGGUCUUUUUGCCGAAGAAUAUGAUGAAAGUAUUCGAAAUCAUUUUCUUGGAAAUCCUGUUGCUUAUCUAUGGGGUGCAUUAGGACUUGUUAAUGAUUCUCUUGAAUUUCGUCUUUAUACGGGUCGGUUUACGCUUGAUCUAUUUUGGGCAUACCGUGAAGACAAUCAUCGAUGGUGUGGCUAUCAAGUUCAAAGAGCAAAAUUUAGACGUACUCUUCCAUUACUUGAAACACUUUGUUCGUGUGAUCUAUUUGGUGUUCGUUUUUCAAUACCUUGUUCACCGAUUGAUUAUCUUGAUAUUGAAUAUGGAAAAGAUAAAUGGAAGAGUCCAUUAGAAAAAAAUUAUACAUGGGUUAAUAUGAAAUAUCAUUCUCUAUGGAAUGAUAUCUCAUGGAUGUAUGCAAUACGUUUAUAUACACGUCAAGGAAAACUUCGUACAGAUAAAUUUGCAAUUGAUUGGAUAUCAAAUCAUUUUAAUUAUUCUAUAACAUCAAUUCCAACAUUUCUUAAUGUUUUACCUAAUGAACCAGUAACACUACCACCACUUAAAGCUAAACUUAUUUACGGUUCACCGAUAAAGAAAAAAAUUUCAAGAAAUAAAUCUAAAUCAACCAGAAAAAAAAUCCUGUAA